UACACGUGAAUUGUCUUUUUUUUGUUUAUGUUAAAAAUUCUAUUUAAUAUUAAUAAAAACUAUUUAAUUUUAAAGCAAAAUGUCUCAAACCAAAACAAAAUAUAAUUUUCAAGGUAAAGAAUGUUUUAGUCGCAUGAAUUUUUUAUAUCAAGCUUCUCUACUAAUGGCUGGCAAAAAUAAUGCACUCUCCUCCUACUAUGGCGAACUUUGUAAGAAUGUGGGUAAAAAGGCUGUAUUAAGAAUAGAUCCCACAGUUAAACGUGAUCUUUGCAAACGUUGCUCUUUGGCCCAAAAGCCCGGCAUUACCAGUGAUUUAAAUAUUAAAAGUCUACGCAAGAGAAGAAAAUGGAAAUCAAGAAAUUCUCAAGAUGUGGAACAUUUAGAUCAGGAUUGUCAAAUGCAAAUGGCUUGUAAAUUGUGUGGUUAUCAAAGAAAUUUUAAUGUUAAGACAGAAUAUACAUUUUGGUUAGAAAAUCCUGAAUCUGUUGCAGAAGUUUGCAAUAUUAAGACUGAUGAAAAGCAGAAUAACAGAAUUAAAGAUUCUAAUGAUAAGGUUAUUACAAUAAAAAAGACUGAAAACAAUAAAGUUUAAAAAUGAAAACAGAAAA